ACUCGCCAUAUCCUCAACAACCCAGAGAGCUGUAAAGUAAAAUGACAGAAGCAGUAUCCUGGUGAUCUAGAGCAUUAAUAACUCGGUUUAUGUUACAGUUAUAUGCGUCCUGGUGCGAUUAGGCGCACAACAGAAGGUAACCGCACAUGGGCGAACAUUUGUGCAUCUGAGUCAGUGACCGAAAACUAAUUGUGAUAAAGUUAACCCAGCGACAGAAGAGUAGCGGGAAGGUAAAAUGUCUAAUUCCGCCCCCUAUCACGGGAACACACGGAGGUCUUCUGGGGUGGCACGUGGAAAGAGACCACCGGAUUUGGAGCUGUCGGAAACCACGUUUAGAGCGCCUGAAGCAGGGACACCUGUGGGCAACGACACUUUUUCUGACAGAGACAAAAUGCCUGAGGACGGUAACCAUACCACCGACGUCCCCCCUGUUCACAUCCACCCGUACUUAUCUCAUCCCCGGAUGUCUGUGCGUAUGUCGGUGUACAGCACCGGUGUCCGUCCGGUCCUCACCCGCGCCUACAUCCAAGGACGCGUGUAUAACUUUCUGGAAAGGCCGUCUGGCUGGAAAUGCUUCGUGUAUCACUUCACAGUGUUUCUCAUAGUCCUGGCCUGUCUCAUCCUCAGCGUUCUGUCUACCAUCGAACAGUACCAGGCCUUGGCUCACACAACACUCUUCUGGGUCGAGAUCGUCCUUGUGGUGUUCUUUGGUGUGGAAUAUUUUGUCCGGCUCUGGUCAGCAGGCUGCCGCAGUAAAUAUGUUGGCAUCUGGGGCCGACUACGCUUUGCCAGGAAGCCAAUAUCUAUUAUAGAUUUGAUUGUAGUCGUUGCGUCAGUAGUUGUGCUGUCAGUGGGAUCGAAAGGCCAGGUCUUUGCUACCUCUGCUGUAAGAGGGAUUCGCUUCUUGCAGAUCCUGCGAAUGCUCCAUGUGGAUCGGCAGGGAGGAACCUGGCGUCUCCUCGGCUCCGUUGUCUUCAUUCAUCGGCAGGAGCUGAUCACUACCUUAUACAUUGGCUUUCUGAGCCUGAUCUUCUCCUCGUACUUUGUCUACCUGGCAGAGAAAGAUGCAGUCGACAGCAGUGGCUCCACGGAGUUUGGAAAUUAUGCUGAUGCCCUGUGGUGGGGAGUGGUGACAGUGACUACCAUUGGAUAUGGAGACAAAGUGCCACAAACCUGGAUUGGAAAGACCAUUGCGUCCUGUUUCUCAGUCUUUGCCAUUUCGUUCUUUGCUCUGCCUGCAGGAAUCUUAGGUUCAGGCUUUGCCCUGAAGGUGCAGCAGAAGCAAAGACAGAAACACUUCAAUAGACAGAUCCCUGCAGCUGCCUGUCUCAUUCAGACAUCAUGGAGAUGUUUUGCGGUGGAGAACUUGGAUUCUGUCACAUUCAAGAUGUUUUUGAGGAAGAGAUCCAACAUCCCCGCCUCCUCUCUGUCCACCCCCAAGCCCAAGAAAUCGGUGAAGAUAAGGAGGAAGUUGAAGAGCACUGACAAGGACAACGGUCCAACUUCUCCCACAAUUCCCAGCAUCACCUACGACUCUGUAUUUGACAGUGGGAGGGAGCUGAGUUCAGAUGUUUACAGCACUGUGGGCACAGAUCUCCAGCAGUCCUGGACGUCUUUAUCUUCCCUUCAGUUCAGCUCACCACCUCCAGUGAAAAAAAACCCUGGCCUUUUGGAUGUCCACUCCCCCGGCCCCCUCCAGAGGAACUGUAGCUUUGCAGAUGACCUGGAGCUGGAGCCAGAGCGAGACAGUGAACUGACUCCUGCCACCUCAGUGUCACAAUUGACAGAGUCACACCGAAAAGCCAUCCGGGUGAUCCAGAGAAUGCGUUAUUUUGUGUCCAAGAGAAAUUUUCAACAAGCUCGUAAGCCAUAUGAUGUGCGAGAUGUUAUUGAGCAAUACUCCCAGGGUCACCUGCACCUCAUGGUGCGAAUCAAGGAGCUGCAGAGAAGACUGGACCAGUCUUUAGGGAAGAUAACUUUGUUCCAGACAGGCUCAGACCGAGCCAGAGACAAAGGCAACAACUCUAUCGGAUCCAGACUCAACAGGAUGGAGGACAAGAUAACACACAUGGACCAGACGCUGAACCGUGUUGCAGAAUCCCUGGCCUUCCUGCUGGACCAGAGGGACGUUGGCGAGGGUGAAGGUGGAGGCAGGCAGAGACCACGGGUUGGACGGGUCUUUAAUGUCGUCCCCAGCCAGGACAGCCUGCCAAGCUACGACCAGCUAUCUUCAUCACCUUCAUCCUUCUCCUCCAACGCCGCCAGCACCGCGGUCUUCCCCAACCCUCCCCUUAGCACCACAGCCAGUCAGGAUGAGAACUGCUGAAAAUUGCUGAAAAUUUCUAUCUAUCUAUCUAUCUAUCUAUCUAUCUAUCUAUCUAUCUGAUAGAUACACUAUUUGCCUUAUACGUGAUACUGAAAUUAAGGUUAAUGUCAACGACAUUGCCACUGCCACGGCAUAUAAUGUGCUGUGAUUCAAUAUCCAAUAUUCUUGUCAAAUAACAAAUUGCAUUCAUCUUCGGAGAGAGGCCUUACAUUUUAAAACUAAAAAAGUUUCACUUUAAUCAAAUGCUCUUUUCACCAUUUUAAUCCUAUUUCACUUUUGUAACUAAAUGUAUUCUUUAAGACCUCAAUCUGAAUUCUGUUUUACUAUAUUAAAUUAUAUUUUGCCAAAGAAAUGUAACAUUUCUGUGAAAAGAGAUUUUUUGCAGUAACUACAAAAUAGACUUUGAAUACCAGCUUAAUUGCAGUAACUUUGUUUUGGUCAUCUUUGAGCUCUAAGUGCCUUGGCACUUAUUGCAAUUAUGUGUCGCAGAGAUCUCAGACUACUGGGAAGCCAAAACAACAGACUCAUAUCAAGUAAAAUAAUUCAGGUGAUUGGGUUUGAUAAAUAUAGUCAGACAAACAGAAAAAACGACACAUUGAAAGUAAUCUAAAACAAACUAGUGCAAAUGGACAAGAAAGCCGAAAAAGCACAAUUUGUUGGUACAUACUUUACAUUAUUCCCUUGCAUUUGGAUAUCCAAAGGCAGAUGAAAGUGAUUUUUUGAGGGCGGGUAGAAUGAUGAGCCUAAAGAGACAUAAAAUUAAGGCAUUAUAACUUCAAUUUGUUGCCAAACUGUUUUAUAACCUUACAGUGCAAAGUCUCUGUAGGAUUCUUAGUUGCCUUUUUUAAAUAUUACUUGAACUAUAUACAGGUUAAUGCCAAAGACAUUGCCACAGCCACGGCAUCAUGUACUGUGAUUUAAUAUCCUGUAUUCUUUUAAAAUUAAAGUACAUUUAUUUGCAUUCACCUUCGGGGAGAGGCCUUAUUUCAUUAUUUAGAGAGUAGAAAGUUCUACUUCAAUCAAAUGCUGCUUUCAAUAAAACUGUUAAUUAUUUCAACUCUGUGUCUGAUGUGAUGAUGGUAAUGCAGUUAGCUUUAACUAUAACUAAAUGAGGGUUUAACUUAAAGGGAAGGUGAAGUUGAUGUCACGCUGUGUUGAAUUUUGGUAACUGAUCAUCAUUUUGCUUAUGUGCCAUGUUCAGAGAUCUUGCUGCCUUUCUCUUGGUAUCUGCCCACAGCAAGUAGAAACACAUUUUUACCUCCAAGAUUAUAGCAAACAUUUUUAUAAAUAAUGUGACUGAUCCCACCCACUGCCUAUGACUUUAUAAAAUAAUCACAUUGCUGAAUACUUUUGAAAGUUUGGUAUUUUGUUUGGUCUAAUAAUUAGGCCAAAACAAGAAACUAGGCACCACAGUGGCUCAGGAGGGAGCAUGGUGGCGCACUGUAGCUUCACAGCAAGAGGGUCCUGCGUGGGUUUUUUCUCUGGUUUCCCCCACCAUUAAAAGAAUGUAUGUUGACCAAGGCACUGUAAGAUAUGCAAGAUUCAAUUAUUUAUCCCCAUUCAAGUAAAUGGAGGGCUAAACUGGAAUAUAGCCGGUUAGCCAGCAGAAGUCUCUAGUGUGCAUCCUUUAAUUGGCCGCUGUGGCCCAUAGAGCAUGCGCAGUAUGUAUUCAUCCAGAUAAUUUAUUUGCAGCAGUAAAGUUACUUUUUUGGCUUCAUGCUCGCCACUGAGAAGCUUUCUUAAGCCUUACAUUACGACAAUUCACUUGAAAGUUUCUGUUUAAUCAAAUGCUGUUUUCCCUAUUUUAAUCCUAUUAUAUAAUAACAUAUUAAAUAUUCUUCUCUAGCAAUAAAAGAUUGUGGUAAUUAUAA